AUGGCUGAAUUACAUAUAUUUGGACAAAUUUCAUCUGCAAAGAAUUUUAAACAGAUACGACUUUUCUGUAAAUGGAGUUUUUAUAAUAUCAUAUCAGGAUAUAAAGAAGGACAAACGCAGGAGAGCUGUGAUUUUUAUAUUAAUAACCCAAUCUGGGACCAUCCUAUAGACUUGCAUUAUACAACUAAAACUUUACAAAAUUCUCCGAAACUAUUAUUGCAAGUGUUUUGCAGAGAUAAUUAUGAAAGAAUACUAUUUCUUUCAUAUGGAAUAUAUAAUGUCCCAUUGUCACCUGGUUCGCACAUAUUAGAGUGUCAUACUUGGAAACCUGUUGGUAAUUGGAAAAACAGACUUGAGGAGAAAUUCUUAGGAAAAAGUUUACAAUUAAAAUCUCCAAAUGUUCUAAUUAAUACGGUGGAUAGAUUUGAAUUGCUUACACAAAGUGUGGGAACAGUGAUCAUCCAUUUGCAUAUACUAGCAAGAAAUUUUGACAAAUUUGGAUGUCAUUUGUGAACUAACUUAAUGCGAUACAAUUUUAUGAGUAAUUUACUACCAACAGUAAAAACAAUGUUUCUCUUGCUACUGCUAUUUAUAGCAUUUAUCAAUGUAGCAUAUGUGGCAAAACUUGAAGAUAUAUUACCCUGUAUCAGUAAUACAGGUUGUAAUGAA